UCCGUUCAGAAAGAAGAGUGAAGCAAUUUUGGUCGUCUUCGAGUUUUUCGUGCUCAAGCCACGGAAGAUCAAGCACAGCGGUUGCAAGCAGCAGGAUUAGUUACCUAUCGAAGAGGAGGAUUCUUCGCACCACCCUUGGGAAGAAAGAUCUUCUGCUGCCCUCGGACAGGACACAGCCUCAGGCGUGACGCACUGGGAGUUGUGACAUGGGCUGAGCGUGGAUUCUCUGUCCCCUGGUUAUGAGACGGUGCUGAGCAGCGUCACCGGGAAGCAGCGCUGUAAUUGACUGUGAGACUUGAAACAAAGCUGAAGGAAACAAGCUGAGACACGUGAUGGCGAGCAACGCGAUUGUGUUUGUGCUGCUUCUGGUACUGCUGCAUCUCCCACUGGGUAACAUGCAAGCAACCACAUCAUUAACAACAACACCUGGUGUCAGCACGCUUGGUCGUGACGACGACGAGUCCGGCAUCAGCGGAGGCGCAGUGGCCGGCGCGGUGAUUGGCUGCAUUGCCUUCACCGUGGUGGUGGCGUUCUUCACGCACCGGCAGAGGAACCACUCACGACAUUCCGCCGUCUUGUCGCCCAUACCAACGCAGCAACUUACUCCCAGCUUGGGAGCUGGCGAUAAUAAGCUACUGCUGAAGCGCAAGUCUUCGGAGCCGGCAACCAUUCCAGACAACGCCGAUCCGAGCAAUCUAUCGCCCACGACCAUUGACAUGCUCAACCAAGGUAGCCGGAUUUCAGGCCUUCUCAGCUUGGAUGGAGACAUUGCAACCUCAUCAAGGAAUAGCAGCUGGUCAGAGCAGCCGAAGGUUGCCAACAUGCUGCGGCAGCUGGCGACGGCGACCACCGGCGGCAAUAGUCGCGAGAUUGAGCUCUCGGUGGCGCACGUGCAGACGCAGCUCUCGCCGCGCCGCGUCACCUUCUCCUCCAUAUCAACACAGGAGAAGCACGAUGACGGCGGCGGCGAUGACGACGGCCAUCCCGAAGGCGAGGGGAGGCAGAGGAUGAGCUCGCCGAAACUGCAUCUUCCCAAGCGGAAAAAGGUCAGCUCCAGUAGGAGCUACUCGCUGGGGUGCAAGCCACCAGCGGAACAAGAAAGCCUCGAAAGCCUAGAAGAAAUCAAGACUUCCUUCUCGAAAACCCUGCUCUCCAGCGCCGAUGUGCUGUUUGCAUCGCCAAGUGAGCGCCGUAGACACAAAGAGUGGACACUGGCAAGCCCGUUCGACUUGAUGCAGUCACCGACGCGCUCCCCGUCGGCAAUCUCAAACACCGUGCCACUGACUGAGCUCUUACAUGAUAUCCGCUGCGAGCCGCAGUCGUCCAUCGUGCUGCACGAUCCAACAAGCGAUGCCCUGCUACCUGUAAGCGCAAGCUCCGCCGCGUCAAACAACAGCCUGCGAGGAUCCGGUACCGAUAUCGUGAGCGAAGAACGCCAGGGCUGCACUGCGUUUGAAGACGGCAGUAACGGACCGGCUACGAUGGACCCGACGCCAACCUCGCUGACGUCGCUCAGUGAGCGCAGCAUGCCGGAGGACACGCACGGAGCGCGAGUGCCAGCGCACGAUGAACAGCGGGCCCUGAGCGCUUCCUCUGUGCAGGGAUACCGGAGAGGCACGCCGCGGCCCAUUGCCGGCCUGUCUUCCAAUCCCGCACAGCAAUCGCUACGCAGCCAAGUGAAGGAGGGUAAGCAUGGAGCUGGGAAGCAAGAAGUCCGGUGCCCGAGUACACUGAAAGAAGAAGACGGCGACGAUAACUGUUAGUAAAGAAUGAUAACAAAAAGAACAAUGAUGAGUGCAUACAUAUGUCCGUACAUAUCCAUCAAGUCAUAGAAAUCAUGAAUUAUUAGUGUGUAUAGAAGCUGUCCUGUCACCCCCCCCC